AUGGGAGAUCUCACCGACAUCUUCUCCGUGCAACAAACCUCGCCUCUCCCAACAUUUGCCAAUGCCAUUAUCUUCAGUCCUUCCAACAUUCUCCAACAUGAUAAAGGGUUUCAAUUAAGUGAUUUGAUUCCUAGGCAUAUGCAUAUAUUCAGAACAAACGACUUUUUCACUGGAAUCACUUUACCACAGCCAGAUGUUAUAGAGCCUUUAGAAUCUAAAUUACCUAAGCAAGUCCAAAAUGAUGCAAACCUCAUCGAUUUCUUAAAGAAAUGCUUGGAUAAAGAACCUUCUAAAAGGUGGAACGCUGAAGAACUUCUAAGGCACCGAUAUUUUGAUCAUUAUCAUUUCAAAAUCCCAGAGCCAGAAAUGGAAGAAUUUGAAAAAUUAAAAAAGCAGAGAGAUCAGAAAUCAAGAAACUCAAGCUCAAACAUGAUAAACAUGGGCGGUGCACUUCUCCCACAACUGGGACCAAGUCCAGAAAUGGCACGGAAUCAAAAUACAACACAAAGGAAUCAUACUUUUCAUCAUUUACCAGACAUUUGACCUAAUAAGUUUAAUGGAUUUAUCAGUAGCAUAAAUCAAAAUUAAGGCAACAUUGGCUUGCAUGGGUCGGACGAGGUAACAACAAUGAUUUAUUUACAUAUUUUUAAGACAUAACUAAUUGGAAAACAAGUAAAUAUAUAUUUGAUUACAUAGUCACUAAGAUAAUAAUGAUAGAAACUAACAAAAGACAUAAUAUAAGCGUAUUUAUAAUAAUUAUUCUGGGUAAAAAUUUAAAGAAAGUGAUAAUUAAUUAUAUAUUUUUUAAUUUAUUACAAAGUUAAGCUACUAAGAGUUAAACCUACAGAAUAAGUUAAUUUUAAAAUGCCACCAUUAUAUCAUUUUUAAUAGGAUAGCAGAAGAAGCUAG